UAGGAGGCGGGCUCCGAUGAGGGAGCAGCCGGAGCUCGGGGAGCGGAGCUGGGAGAGGCCGAGGCUCGGGCCGGGGCCUGCGGAGCCACCGGGGACAUGCGAGGGGCAGCGGCGGAGGAGGAGGCGGCGGCGUCCUACCGGGUGCUGAGCCGGCUGCUGGGCUGCGGAGCGGAGGCGGCCGGGGAGGAGGCGGCCAGGCCCCGGCUCAUGGUGUUCCGGAAUAUGCUACGAGGAGAGGAGGAGGAUGCCGAGGCCGCGCCGGAUCCGGGGGCUGUAGUAGAAGCCGUGCCCGCGGAGGGUGCGCCCCAGGCCGGGGAGCUGUGCACUCGGCACCGCAAGUGUCCGCAGCCCGGGGAAGGCCUGGAACUGCAGCUCGGGGCUCUGGGCCUGCGGGGGGCCGGCUGUCCGUGCGAGGAGACCAGCGAUGCCCUGCUGGUGCUGGAGGCACCCGAAGCGCGGAGACUGGAGGAGGAGGAGGAGGGGGAGACCGGGGAAGGACAGGCCGGGGCGGCGGCCAGGAGAGCCCCGGGGAGGAAGGGCUCUCUGCGGAUCAGGCUGUCCAGGAUCUUCCGAACCAAGAGCUGUGCUGGAGCCGGGGGAGCUGCGGACAGGAGAGGGACUGGGGACCUGGGGGGGUCCGGGGGAAGCCUGACUGACAUGUCCCGGGACAAGGAGCUGGAGCUGGGCAGGAAGCCCCGUUUGACCAGAACUCAAAGUGCCUUUUCUCCAGUCUCCUUUAGUCCCCUGUUUACUGGUGAAACAGUGUCACUUGUGGAUGUGGACAUUUCACAUCGAGGAUCGUCAUCUUCACGCCCCCCUACUCCACCUCCGCCACCACGCAGGAGCCUCAGUCUUUUAGAUGAUAUUGGUGGGAUACAGCCAACAUCUGUGUUAGUGGGUCCCAUGGCAUCUUCUCUACAAUCGUUUCCACUCCCACCACCACCUCCACCCCAUGCCCCAGGCGCUGACGGGUCAAGGGCGUUCCCCCUCUUCCGAGUGGCACGGAUUGUCACUUCCCAUCUGGCCUGGCAACGAGUGAGACCAGACCCAUUGCCGCGAGUGGUUCCUCUUCGGCCGGCAGAGUGUGUCCCAGUACCAUUGGUGCAACCUUUGCAAUGCCCUAUUUUUCGACAGGACCCAAGUAGCUUUGCUGCCAGCCUUCGAGAACUGGAAAAGUGCGGCUGGUACUGGGGUCCAAUGAAUUGGGAGGAUGCAGAAAUGAAAUUAAAAGGAAAACCUGAUGGCUCUUUCCUAGUGAGAGAUAGCUCAGAUCCCCGGUACAUACUGAGCCUAAGUUUUCGGUCACAAGGCAUUACCCACCACACACGCAUGGAGCACUACCGAGGCACAUUUAGUCUCUGGUGUCACCCCAAGUUCGAGGAUCGCUGCCAGUCCGUGGUGGAGUUUAUAAAACGUGCCAUCAUGCACUCUAAGAAUGGAAAGUUCCUUUAUUUCUUGAGGUCACGUGUGCCAGGUCUCCCUCCCACCCCAGUUCAACUCUUGUACCCCGUCUCCCGCUUCAGCAAUGUGAAGUCACUGCAGCAUUUGUGCCGCUUCCGUAUUCGGCAGCUGGUCCGGAUUGACCACAUUCCAGAACUUCCUCUUCCCAAGCCUCUCAUCUCAUACUUGCGGAAGUUCUAUUACUAUGACCCACAGGAGGAAAUUUACCUUUGUCUGAAAGAAGCUCGACGUGUUCCCAAAACGGAGUUUGGGAAUGAGAGCUCCACGUAGCAAGAGUCUUUUAUCUUCUUUCUAAAUGCUAGAGCUGGGUAACCAGGUAAAUGUUGGCUUUGUAAUGCCCUGGUGUGACUACUGAUGUAUCUCUGUCUGGAACCCUGAGAUAUAGGGCGAGGAAAAGGCCAAAGGUAUCUGAGCAAUGCAGCAUUUCAGUCUGUCCACAUCCUCCUCACCAGGCUCCUCUUUCUAAAGAGUGAAAAUAACAAGCCUACAGAGUUUUCUUUGAAAUGUAUUUGGGUGCUGUAUACUACCAAUCACCCCACAUCCUGUAGAUCCCCUGCCGGCUUUGACAUGUAGGUGGCGCAGCUCUGCCAGCACCUUCCGUAUGUCACAGUAUUCCUGGAAAUACCUGGCAAAACUGAUGAACAUUAACGUUUAAAGUGUUGGACUUCUAAUUUACUGAAUAUCUUGUACGUUGGACUAUUUUGAUUUACAGGUCACCAGUUCUCUCUAAGUUGGGCUGUGCACCCAGUUAGAUUUCCUGUAGUGUCCCAUUGUACAAGGUAAGAUGCACUGAGCUUAUUCAUCUCAAUGAUCUGUAUCUGGAAGUGAAAGGGUUCAAGGCGAAAUCCUCUCAGCCUAGUGUGCCUGCCCCGUUGAGCACGGAUUAAACUACUGAUACAUGCCCCUGUCAUACGUGAUGGGGGGAGGGCAGCUUUUCUGCAUUAAGCUACUGAUUUGAACUCUGUAAUCUCACACUUUGAUGGAGAUGAUCGUCCUUCCUUCUCUCUCCAACCCACCCCCUCCUUACCCAGGGAUACCUACCAAGAAUAAGGUUACCUGGCCUUUUAAAACACUGGAAGCAUUCCUUGUCAGAUCACUGGAGCUGAAUGCAGCCAUCUGUAAUUACAAGUUUAGGCAGGACUGACUUUUGCAACCAUCAUGUGAAAGUCACAUGAACUGGAGACAGACUCACACUGCCCUGCAUCUGGAGGAAACCCCCAUCAUUUAAAUGAAUUGUAACAAAAUCUGCUGUAAAUGAUUCCCCCCCCCCCCACACUUUUCUUUUUGAAGAAAAAAAAUAAAAGCGAGAUGGGGGUGUGAGGGGUCGCACGAACAUUUCCUGCUGCCGAGAAAGAAAGGAAUCAUUUCAUUUAACUGGAAAAACAAAAUACGAGGAAACUAUCUUGUUGCUCUCCAGCACAAUCCUGUCCAUCCUUUAUCCUUUAUUUCCCCAUUCCCCUGCAUUCAUGAUUUUGUGUAUAUUUGUUUCCUCCUCUUAAUUUAUUGAAAAAUAGUCUGUGUUUAAUUUAUUUUGCAAACCCCAUUGCCUCUUGAUUGUAUCUUUCCGCUGCUUGUGGGUUUUUAAUAUAUAAAAAGAGACAUUGGCUCUUUGGGGGUGGGGGGCUAUGUCCUGUAUGAGUGUGUAUGAUACCCCUUUUCCUGUUAUGACUGGGAGGGGCUGAGAUGUUUGAUGUGUCCUUAAAGUCUUGAUUGUAAAUAAUGUGUUAUAGGCAUGAGAGGGACACAUCCUGUAGUGUGAUUUUUAUUUUUAAAGCAUAUAUAUUUUUGACUCCCAAGGAUUAUUUCUUUGUAGACCUUGAAUAGGAAAUAAUGGGAAAUUGUUUUGUGUCAGUGAUCUGUCUUUCUACUUUGUCUCUUCUCUUACCCCUUUUAAAACCAUCAGAAAUAAAAGCACUCGCCCUCUCUCCGCCCCAUGUACUAUGUAGGUGCUUGUGGAUCUACACUGUUAUUUUUUUGUUUGUUUUUCUUUUUUUUCUUUGACGUUUUAAGGAGAGAUGGAGAGUGGGUUUAAAAUAAACAAUUUAGAAAUAACAGCACUGAG